CUAAAUUCAAGGCUCUCGUCCAGGCGCGGAAACCGCCUCUGUGUUUCGCUGACAGACCUCAAACACGAAGACAGUCACGGGAAGCGAGUAGGAUUGCUAGCUUGCUAGCUGCCCUCCACGUUAGCUUUUCAUACACAUUCAGAGCAAAGCCAUCCUCCUCUGGAGAAUUUGGAAGCGGAGCCACGGAGUCACACCCUUAUAUUCAGGAUCCGCAGGGUCUCUGCAGUCACUCGGGGCUGUCGGAGGAGUUUUAUGUUCAGUUGUUUGUUAACUAGCUAACAUUCAGUCGGUUAUUUAAGACGACUUUGGAGUUAGCUUGCCAUAACUUACUUGAGGGAAAAAAGCAAUCCUCUUCUUCCCAGAAAUCAUGUACUUCCAGUCUCCGACUACUUUGUUGGGGGACAGAUAACGUUAGCCGGUUAGCUAUCAGGCUAGUCAGGCUAGUGGGGUAAGUGGGUAAGGCCGGGGCAGGCGGGGCAGGGGACCGUUACUUUUCAGCCUCCGUGUGUUAGCUAGCUAGUUCACUACAGCAGCUGCCCAUUAUGAACAACGUCACGCCAAUGUACACAUUUGUUCUGAGAGAUGACAACAGCAGCGUCUAUGCUGAAGUCUCCAAAAUCCUCAUCGCUACUGGGAAAUGGAAACGACUGAAAAGGGAUAAUCCUCGAUUCAACUUGAUGCUGGGAGAGCGGAACCGGCUGCCCUUUGGUCGACUAGGUCAUGAGCCAGGACUUAUGCAACUAGUGAACUAUUACAGAGGGGCUGACAAGCUGUGUCGCAAAGCAUCUCUAGUAAAGUUAAUAAAGACUAGUCCAGAGCUGAAAGACUCCUGUAACUGGUUCCCCGAGUCAUAUAUUAUAUAUCCGACCAAUCUCAACACUCCUGUGGCUCCUGCCACCAAUGGAAUCAGCCACCUGAAGAACAACCCCAAGACAGAUGAGCGUGAGGUCUUCCUCGUCUCCUAUAACACCAAAAAGGAAAACGGGGAGGGAACAGUGUGGAUUGCUAAAUCAUCUGCUGGAGCAAAAGGGGCUGGAAUAUUAAUAUCUCAUGAUGCAACUCAGUUGCUUGAGUUCAUUGAUAAUCAGGGACAGGUUCAUGUCAUUCAGAAGUACCUUGAGAGGCCACUGCUUUUGGAACCAGGUCAUCGCAAAUUUGAUAUAAGGAGCUGGGUGCUUGUUGACCAUCAGUACAACAUCUACCUGUACCGCGAGGGUGUGCUGAGGACAUCCUCAGAGCCAUACAAUAGCACUGACCUUCAGGACAUGACCAGCCACCUCACCAAUCACUGCAUCCAGAAGGAGCACUCUCAGAACUAUGGACGCUACGAGGAGGGCAACGAGAUGUUCUUUGAUGAGUUCAGACAGUACCUGCUGAGUGUUCACAAUGUUACCAUGGAGACAUCCAUCUUACCUCAAAUCAAGCAGAUAAUAAGGAGUUGCCUCAUGUGCAUUGAGCCAGCCAUCAGCACCAAGCACCUGUCCUACCAGAGCUUUCAGCUCUUUGGCUUUGACUUCAUGCUAGACGAGAACUUUAAAGUGUGGCUGAUCGAGAUCAACGGAGCACCCGCCUGUGCACAGAAACUCUACCCAGAGCUUUGUCAAGGUAUUGUGGAUGUGGCCAUUUCCACCGUAUUCUCUCUAAACGCAGAUGCCCUCUCCUCCUCGCCACCAUUCUCCACCUCUCCGUCUCUCUCCUCCAGCUCAUGCUCCUCACCAAAACUCAGAGCACCACAGCAGUUUGGCCCUUUCAUUAAACUGUAAGCACAGGGUUCUGUAUCCCUGUGGAGCUCCUUCCCUCCAAAGCACGUGCUGCCAGUGGUUUCCUCAAGGACGAUCUUUGACCUGUCCUGAUGGGCUACCUUGAAUCUUGAGCUGUCUACAGCUGAGGAGGGACAUAAUGUGUAGAUGGAGUGGUGGGUGAUAUAAAUUUGCACUCUUUCAUGUAACAAAUCAAGCGAAAUGCUCCUCUGUCUGUCAGUUUUGUCAUUUGUGAAAACACGACCAGUGCGGUCAGCGUGAGUAUUUGAAGUAAAAGAUAAGUCUGCACAUUUGCAACAUAGCAGCGCACACAAUAUCUGUUUGUCGGCCCACAGUAUAAUGAUAGGUCUAGCAGCUUAUGUUCCCUAGCCUGACAGGCUACUAUUGUCAGGGCCCCAGCGAUAUACUUAGGUUUGCUCACAAGGGAGUUGUAGUAGAAGAUGAAGACUGAGGUGAUAACACAUGGAUAGUUGUAGGGAUUUGAGUGUGGGUUUUUUUCCACAUAGCCAAGGUUUAACUUAUUUAUGCUCAGCAAUUUCAGCAAGAUUCCUCAGGGCUGUCCAUGGCACCUUGAUAUGAUGUAGGAUGGGUUUGAAUUUAGUUCCUGUGAUUUUUAGUGCCUUACAUAUCCACACAACUGCUUCCCAUUCAGCACAAAGCAGGAAUUUCUGAAACAUAACUCUGAGACUGCUAAGACAGAGCACUGUAAACGUACAUGCUGAUGAUUCAGUCUUAUUGUUUCAGGGAUUCCUGAUUUGGCUUUUGAAGAAGGCAGAUUUGGCCUCUGUAACUAGUCUUACUGUUGGUAAGCCAGAGCUUAUGUAUGUUUAUCUUAUUGCUACUAUAGUGUGUAACAAAUUUUGUCAUUUUAUAUUACUAUCUCUUUAGGUUCAGAAAGACAUUUACAGUGACAAAGCACUAACGUGUAUUGCAAGUUUAGAAAAGUAUGUAGUGUGUAUAUUGCAGUGUGCUUUAGAUUUAGCUCAUUAUUUAUAGCCAUCCACACCCAUUCAUAUUGUUUUAUGUGUUUUAUCACCCAAAACUGACAGUCUCUUAUUAAAAUAGCUGAAGUCUAUUAGAGUAGGUAGCUGAUUAACUGUAUUUGUAUUUUAUAAUGUUCAUGAUCCAUCACAUUUUAAUUCUACCUCCAUGGUAAUAAACAUGAGACAGGACAGUUAAUUCUCCUCAUGAUCUGAUCACUUUUAAAAACUU